AUUGCACCUUAAACAAUGUGUUGCACGGAAAAUAGUCGAACGUAUACAUGCAAACUGAAAGAAAAGUGGUGCUACAUAUAAUGGAACGUGCACACAUGUGUUCGGUGCAAAAAAUAAUAUGCACACACAGUCCAUCGGAGCCAGUGCAGCGUGACGCUGGAUAAAAAUCAUCAGCAGACCAUUCGGGGACUCAUUGACGAAACAGCCACCGCCGCAGGUGGUACGGCAAUAGGGGGUGUGACCUACAAAUGGAUUGGUGACUACUUGUGCUCAAGUGCUUGUGAAAAAAGUGUUAAAUAUGACUCCUGCGGCCCUUCUAAUCGCUGCGGCGUUGCUCGGACAAGCAAGAGCCGUGGUACAUCUUAGUUGCAGUGACAACGCCACAUGUAUAGAAAAUUUGACGAACGAAUUCGUCAGGAGUGUUCGGCAGCAGAAAACAGUGCGGCUUUUUGACGCUUUGACUGUGGAGCCGUUAGGGACGUGGCAGAAGAGGUCCAGUGAAGGAUUGUUGGAGAAGAUUCUGAACAACAACGCCUUUAGUUUCGACUGGAACGAUUACACCUUCAGAAUAUGGAAAGCCCAGGACAAGAACGACGCGUUGGACUUAGAAGUUUAUGAGAGCAGAACUGCUAAAGAUGUUUCGGAGGAACUUCCGAAGAAAUCAAAGAGCAAGGUUGAAGAGGAGGAUGAAGAGAGUGACAAGAAAACACCAGUAGUUGUAAAAGGUGACCCCAAGAGAAGAGGAGGACUUAUGAAGCGGAGAGCGAAAAAGAAGAUAAUGCAGGCAGUAAUCCCCAUGCUGUUUGGUAUGAAGUCCGCGGCAGCUGUCAUCUUUGCCAUGGCGGUGGUGACCGUUCUCACCCUGAAAGCUUUUAUCGCCAGCAAGAUGGCACUGAUGGUCACCGUUGGAAUGGCGGUCAAGAGAUUGUAUGAGUCAUACAGCCUCGGUGUUGGUUUACAAAAUCACCCAUACCUUUACUCCCAAUAUCCGAUCGAUUUUCCAAGCGCCUCGUCGCACGCAUAUUCCGUUAGCGGAAUGAGCCCGCAAUUCCCGGAGAUGUACAAUCCUACUGCCCUGGGAUCGCAUCAACAGUCAGAGUUGCUUCACAACGACGCUUCGGCUCAGCAGUCGCAACAGGCGCCCGUACAACAACUACUCAACUCGACUCGGGCUACAGAACGAUGGGAUGGUAAGUCUAAGCUACAGAAACUUCUAGAACCGAUAGUCGACGGGAUAAAGAGCUACAUCGAUCCCAUCGCCAGCGUCUUCUACUCCAUGCCUGCCACGUUCCGAGGCCUAAGUUCUGACGUCACUACGAUGAAGACUGUAGAACCAGAAGAAGAAACCAAGAAGCCGAGAGAAAUACUAGUGCCGCAGCCUCGAAAUAUUGCACAGAGGAAAAUGAACUACAGGAAAGCGGCUUUUAGAACUAGGCCAAAAAAGUACACAGAGCUAAAGGUGGACUUAGAUAAACUAAAGAAGAAUAAAGAUCUGUACGAUUACAUAAAAACGAAAAAGUAUAAAUAUAACUAUCAGCACACGUAUUAUUAUCCGAGAGUGAAAUAUUUUGUCAAUCCGAAUAUGUUUAUUGUUAAACCGAAAAAUAAUCGACUUGUUCCAUAUAGAAAAGAUAUUUACAAUGCCUCAACGACGAGUACUCUUAACGUAACUACUGUUCCUUUAGGCGUAUGGAAACCAAUAGUUUUAGUUCCAGUUUCGACUCAAAAUGUAUCGAAUACUUUUAAUGUCACGAGAAGUAUAUCUAGGAAAUUUGAACCAUUAGAAGUAAAACAACUUUCAAGAUCCAAGAGAAGUCUUAACGUAGAAUUGAAAAACUCGAGUUCUGAUACAGAAACCAAAAAUGAAAUUUGGCUGACGGCUGUAGAAAGAAGCUUAAACAAUUUUUUAUUCAACAUGACUGGUAGAGGGUUCGUUCAUUUUAUGCAAACAUUAUUCGACCAUGAUCCGAUAACAGCUAUGGUGAAGCAGGCUGGUAAAUAUACAAAAUCAGCUCUUAAACAUUCAUUAAAAUCGUCCUCUGCACCGUAUUACUAUUCUGCUACAUACGAAAUGCUUAUGAUGACCCUCGACGUAAUUGACGGGUUGGUUCAGGUACAUCAAGCAUUAGUCGACUACUUCAUAGAUGACUUACCGAAGAAGAAGAAAACUCAUACACACAUACACAACCAUUCACACAACAAGAACAAGAAGAAGAAGAAACCUUCACACCAUCAGAAUCAGAAUUUACAAAACUACAGUCAAAACCAAACUCUUUUCUUAAAUAAACGAGUUUAAAGAUAUCACAGAUUUCACAAAAGAAAACGCACUGAUGCACGAUUUCUUACAACAAAUACAUAAAGACGUAGAAAUUGUAUAUUCAGUGAAGAUUGCUGCUAUCAUUCAUGGAAUAAAUGAUAAACAUGUUAAUGAAUAUGUAGUUUUAUCAUUUAUAUAAAAUGUGCAUUUAAAUAAGCAUUUAUUUCAUGUAAGUUAAUGUGGUGUUGGUUUUCUUUUCAGUUCUCGAGUAAAGAGUAGAGUAGAUGUUUUAGUUUUGUAAAAUUACGGGUCUUUGAAUUUGUAAAUAUCAAUUGUAAUAUGUUUCUUUUAUGGAUUUGGCUCGGUAAUGUACCAAAGUCUCAUGACUUUUAAAGGGCGUUGCAUUUCAAAGUGUAUUUAAGUUAUUUGAAUUACUUACUUCUUUUGUAAUUUCUUUGCUACAAUGUUUAAGACACUGAUCACGAAUACGUGUUACUUAACUAAUUACAACCUAAAUUAUAUGAAAUAUACAUAGUAUCAUCUUACUUUGUGAUUUCUCCCAACGAAAGUUUUGUGAAUCUUAAUUUAGGACGAACUUUUUCUUUUCUAAUCAAGCGACUGAUUUUAUAAACUCAUUUCAAAUGAAAUUUUCCCUAGGACUUUUCUGAGUGCAUAAUUGAGUAGUUACCGAGCCAAUUCUCACAAUGUGUUGGCGAAAAAUAUUAAUUAAUAUUCAUCCUUAAUAAAUUGGGUGGAUGGUAUGCUGUAUAAACGAGUAUACGAUCAGAGUGUUGAAACGUAAUGAAAAUAUACACACAUAAACUUGACCGUAAUCCGUUUAGGGUUGAGCGGAAAAGUACUCCGAAUACAACUUGUAGACAAUUUUGAUUGAAGAGAUGUCUGUUCUCAGCAUUGGGACGUCUACGAUUUUAAUAUUCUAUAGUUUUGCUCAUUUAAAACUUUAUCAAGACUAUAGCAUUUCGUGGUUUUGUUCUCGUUUAUACACAAUUUUAAAUAAUAUCCACCUUAUAUAUCCCACCAUUAUAAAAAUGUACUUACUUAGGUGUUUUAUUUUUUAAUGCAACGUAUUUUUUUCGCCGAUACCUACAUUGAUUUAGUAAGAAUAAAAUGUGAAAAGGUCGAGCGGUGCCAAAAUCGAAUGCAAUGUUCAUAACUUAUUAUUUAAUUCAUUAUAAUUUUAUUAAUAACAGAGAACGCCAUGCUAUGAAGAU